AUGUGUCCCAAGUCCUAUGACACGUCCGCAAAAUGGUGGAAAGAGGCGGUGGUGUAUCAAGUGUAUCCCGCAAGCUUUAACAACGGUAAACCUGUGACUAGAGCCAAUGGAUGGGGUGAUGUGGCCGGUAUUAUUGAUAAGGUCCCUUACUUAAGGAGCUUGGGUAUCGAUAUUGUAUGGCUUAGCCCCAUCUACAUGUCCCCACAAGUCGACAUGGGCUACGACAUCGCGGACUACAAAUCCAUCGAUCCACGUUAUGGCACCUUAUCAGACGUGGACCUUUUGAUAAGGACGCUGAGGGACCAUGAUAUGAAACUCAUGAUGGACCUCGUGGUUAAUCAUACAUCCGAUCAGCACCUUUGGUUUGUAGAGUCUGCCAGUUCCAAAGAUUCCCCUAAACGUGAUUGGUAUAUCUGGAGGCCGGCCAAGGGAUUCGAUGAGGCCGGGAAUCCAGUGCCUCCAAACAAUUGGGCACAAAUUUUGGGCGAUGCGCUCAGCGCUUGGACUUGGCAUGAGGCGACGCAAGAGUUUUAUCUGACUUUGCAUACGCCAGAGCAAGUGGAUCUCAAUUGGGAGAAUCCAGAAGUCGUUACCGCUGUUUAUGAUGUUAUGGAAUUUUGGCUGCGCCGUGGGAUUUGUGGGUUCCGCAUGGACGUUAUCAACCUUAUUUCCAAGGACCAGUCUUUCCCAGACGCUCCGAUCAUUGAUCCAGCCUCUAAAUACCAGCCCGGGGAGCGAUUCUACACAAAUGGGCCACGUUUCCACGAAUUCAUGCACGGUAUCUACGACAACAUUCUUUCCAAAUACGACACCAUCACUGUUGGAGAAACCCCGUACGUCACUGAUAUGAAGGAGAUCAUCAAGACGGUGGGCUCUACAGCAGAAGAGCUUAAUAUGGCAUUCAACUUUGAUCACAUGGAAAUUGAAGAUAUCAAAACCAAAGGAGAAUCCAAGUGGAGCUUGCGCGACUGGAAGUUGACCGAGUUGAAAGGCAUUUUGUCCAGAUGGCAGAAACGAAUGAAAGAGUGGGACGGCUGGAACGCCAUCUUUCUGGAAUGCCACGAUCAGGCGCGGUCAGUGUCACGCUACACCAACGAUACGGACGAGUUCAGAGAACGUGGUGCCAAAUUACUAGCGCUUCUGGAGACGACACUCGGUGGGACCAUUUUCCUUUAUCAGGGCCAGGAGAUUGGUAUGCGCAAUUUCCCCUUAGAGUGGGAUCCCGAGACAGAGUACAAAGACAUUGAGUCAGUCAACUUCUGGAAGAAAUCAAAAGAACUCCACUCUCCCGGGUCUCAAGGGCUCGCAGAGGCACGGAAGCUCCUGCAAAAGAAGGCCAGAGACCACGCCCGCACCCCGAUGCAAUGGAGUGCUGCGCCACAUGCGGGCUUCACAGUCCCUGAUGCGACACCUUGGAUGAGGGUGAAUGAUGACUAUAAAACCAUUAAUGUGGAGGCACAGAUGUCCUUCCCGUGCCAGAUAAAAGGCGAACUAUCCGUUUGGCAGUACUGGCAGCAGGUAUUACAGCACCGAAAGCUCUAUAAAGAUGCUUUCAUUUACGGCGACUUCGAGGAUCUGGACUUUCACAACGAAAAAGUCUUCGCGUACUUGAGGAGUAGUGGAGACAGAAAAGAGAGCUGGCUUGUUGCGAUGAACUGGACAACCUCUGCGGUCGAAUGGACGGUUCCUCCAGGCGUCCACGUCACACGUUGGGAAUCCUCUUCGCUCCAGACUGCUCCGCCCGUGGCAAGCCAGCCGACCAUCACGCUUCAGGCCUUUCAAGGUGUCAUCGGGUGUUGUAGUUAA